UAGCUGACGUAGCUGAUAGCUGACAUAGGUGAUAGCUGACGUAGCUGAUAGCUGACGUAGCUGAUAGCUGACAGAGCUGAUAGCUGACAGAGCUGUAGUAGGAUGAGAUGAGAGAGGAUGGAACACACGGACAGCCCCGCCUCCCACAGCAGCGACCCCAACGGGUUCGUCAAUAAAGUCUUCAACGUGUCUCUGGAUGUGCAGAAUGAGACCGGCACUGUAUCUAUCCAGGAGACUGGGAAGGGAGAGGGACAGGGAGAGAGUCAAGAAGAGGGUCAGGGUCCAGGCCAAGCCCAGGGACAGUGGCAGGGGGAUGGGGAUAGACAGGCAGAGACCCAGGCACCCCCUCAGACCCCUGGGAUGGAGCACCCGGAUGUCAACCGUAGACCAAGAGCUACAGGAGGCAUCUGGAAGAUCUUGACCCGGCGAAAAGCGACUUCAGAACUGGAUAACAGAAGACCUCACUCCAUGAUCCUCCCUGGAGAGGAGGCCUUUAUCCCUAAACUGUCCUUCGCUGACAAGGUCCGCUCCAUCAAGAAGCUUCGCUCUCCGGGUGUCUUCAAGGGGAGGGUGGGUAAGAUGUCUAGGUCCAGCACUAAGUUCAGAGAUGGAGAGAGGGAGGAUGACUCGUUCUGCCGGGACUUCCUCCCCUCACCCGCCCUACAUCCCGGUAGGAGCACACUCCGCCACUACGCCAAGAGGCACUCGUAUGCCGGACAUACCGCCGGGUUCGACUGUUCAUUUGAGGACAUGGAUCUGACAGCUACCCUGGACAGACACCAUCUUCCCUCGCUAGUGGACCCUGCUACCCAGAACGGCUCUAAGCCCACAGAGAGAGUCCCCUACACCAAGAGAUCUCAGGUCCAGGCUCAGGCGCAGGCCAAUCACUCCUCUAACUGUAACACUACCUCAGCAGAAGUGUGUGAGGAGCAGAGUGUGAGGGGCGGCCCCAAGGCCCCGCUGGGUGGGAGGAGGUCUAAGAGAGCUGACGUGUGGAGUUACCUGAGGAAGAUCUCUGUCCUGGGGAAGGGGAACCCAGCUUACUCAGAGAGGAGUUUUGACUCAGAGCUACACACACUGGACAAGACCAUGGACUCUGACUACGGCUCGGUGGACAUCGAGAGCAUCCGGGACUUUCAGCCAGCUGCUACAAAACACUCUGACAGCAAAGGUGGACAUUUUGGGGGUCUGAUUAAGUUCUUCAGCAACGUUGCAGAGACGGCUAGAAAAUGGCGAAUGUCUACUCACUCCUUCUCUCCUCCAGAGGGGGGGGCGGAGCGGACGCCACUGGACUCCCCCAGAGCAGGGCAGCAUCUGGGGGACUACGUCCACAGUGUGUCCCUGACCCUCCGCAGUGAGGACCAUCCAGAGUGUCCCCCAACACCCGCCUCACCCCUGACCCCUCACCCCCCUCGCUCCCCUACUUGUGACCCUGCCUCACCCACUCCUCUGAUAGGCAGACGGUCUCCUCGAGUGGUGCUGAAGGCCUGGAGAGUAUGUCCGGACUCACCAAGCGUUAACGGCCUGGUGUGUGUGAGCUCAUUGGAAACGGCCAGACAGACAGACAAACAGACAGAGAGCCAGCCAGUCAGACAGACAGAGAGACAGACACGGCACACCUCUGUAGCCACAGUAGAGAAUCAUGUGCCACACUCAAGGCUGGAGAGAGAGACUCAGAAAGAGACAGUGGGAGACAGAGACCACUUAGAAUGUCUGUCUACAGUGGAAGACAGAGAAAGAGAGGGAAGAGAGCGACACUCAGGAAAUUAUCUGGAUUCCGAGGAUGCUCUACCUGUCUCGGAUCAGACACACCUUCCAAACGGCCAAUCAAAGUUACGGGAAGAAGAGACCGUAGCCACUAGGGAGCCAGCAGGAAACUGCCACCAGGAAGUAUUUAAGGGAGCUCUAUCAGGCAGUGUUUUGAGGAGACCCAGGUCAGUCCAGUCCUGUUCUAGUCCAGUGAAGACCCCUGCCCCUCCCAAGCCCCCCCGCCCUCGCCCCCGUCCCGCCUCAGCACUGGUCGACCUCCGAGUCUGCAGUCCCUUCCCAGAGGGCUGUGCGUUUGCCGUCACUCAGCAGGCCACAGGGGGCUCUCUGUGCCGGCACAGACGCAGGCCCGGUCCCAUGAUGCACCUCUUGCCGCCGGGUCGGAGACAGGCGGGCAGUCUGGCCAGACCAUGCUCUGUCAUAGAGCCCUCUGUUACCUUGGAGACAGACCCCGCGCAGAGUCACAGAGCCAUGUCUCGUCCCCCGGGGGCAUCACCUUUAGAGCCCCCCCUCAGAGUGUCUCUUCAGAGGUGUCACUCCCUCCCCCCCAGCAGUCUUACCACUCUGGCCCUGUUUCCGCGACACACAGCAGACUCCCAGUCAUCCUCAAUGUGUCCUGGUGAUGGAGAGGCUGGCAGCUGCAGGAGGAGACUGCUCAGAACAGGCUCUGGUCCACUACAAGUCAACAUUUUGAUAAGUGGAGGAUCUAUCGUCAGCGCUGAGGCAGUAUGGGACCAUGUGACCAUGGCCGACCGAGAGUUGGCGUUUAAGGCCGGCGAUGUCAUCAAGGUGCUGGACGCGUCCAAUAAGGACUGGUGGUGGGGUCAGAUUGACGAGGAGGAGGGGUGGUUCCCCGCCAGCUUCGUACGGGUCGAACCCCACCCUCCUCAACCCCAAACAAAACAGGUUUUCUAUAUCAACCCCAUAGCAACUGCUCGGUUCCAAAACACUACGUCUAAGGUGCGUUUCCCAAACAUCAUCAAUCAACCAUCCAGCCAUUCCCCCCCCCCCCCCCCCCACCACCCACCGCUCAGUCUGCCGACGCAACAUAGUGACUAUCGCUACGUGGCGGCAGCGCUGGCGGUGAUGCGUAACGUCACUCAGCAGAUCAACGAGAGGAAGAGGAGGCUGGAGAACAUUGACAAGAUCGCCCAAUGGCAGGCCUCCGUCCUGGACUGGGAGGGUGAUGACAUCCUGGACCGGAGCUCGGAGUUGAUCUAUACAGGAGAAAUGUCUUGGAUCUACCAGCCUUAUGGACGCAGUCAGCAACGGGUCUUCUUCCUCUUUGAUCACCAGCUGGUCCUCUGUAAGAAGGACCUGAUUCGUAGGGACAUCCUGUACUAUAAGGGCCGUAUCGACAUGGACCGCUAUGACGUGCGGGACGCCAUCGAUGGUCGUGACGAAGACUUCAACGUGAGCGUGAAGAACGCAUUCAAAUUGCACAACAAAGACAGCGAGGAGCUCCACAUCUUCCUGUCCAAGAAACUGGAGGAGAAGAUACGAUGGCUCCGGGCUUUCCACGAGGAGAGGAAGAUGGUGCAGGAGGAUGAGAAAAUCGGGUUUGAGAUCUCAGAGUACCAGAAGCGUCAGGCAGCCCUGACUGUGAGGAAGGUAUCUAAACAGAAAGGUGAGACAUCACGAAGACACCAGGUGAUUUACCUUUCUCUCUCUCUCUUCUCUCUGACACUCUGUCUUCUCAUCGCUGUUUACUUAACAAGCCUCACACACACUCCGUACAAACACACCGCACAUCACUCUUUUACUGUAAAUACACACCGCACAUCACUCUUUUACCGUAAAUACACACCGCACAUCACUCUUUUACUGUAAAUACAUACCGCACAUCACUAUUUUACUGUAAAUACACACCGCACAUCACUAUUCUACUGUAAAUACACACCGCACAUCACUCUUUUACCGUAAAUACACACCACACAUCACUCUUUUAUUGUAAAUACACACCGCACAUCACUCUUUUACCGUAAAUACACACCGCACAUCACUCUUUUACCGUAAAUACACACCGCACAUCACUCUUUUACCGUAAAUACACACCACACAUCACUAUUUUACCGUAAAUACACACCGCACAUCACUCUUUUACCGUAAAUACACACCGCACAUCACUAUUUUACCGUAAAUACACACCGCACAUCACUCUUUUACUGUAAAUACACACCGCACAUCAUUAUUUUACCGUAAAUACACACCGCACAUCACUAUUUUACUGUAAAUACACACCGCACAUCAUUCUUUUACCGUAAAUACACACCACACAUCACUCUUUUACCGUAAAUACACACCGCACAUCACUAUUUUACUGUAAAUACACACCGCACAUCACUAUUUUACUGUAAAUACACACCGUAAAUACACACCACACAUCACUCUUUUAUUGUAAAUACACACCGCACAUCACUCUUUUACCGUAAAUACACACCGCACAUCACUCUUUUACCGUAAAUACACACCGCACACCACUCUUUUACCGUAAAUACACACCGCACAUCACUAUUUUACCGUAAAUACACACCGCACAUCACUAUUUUACCGUAAAUACACACCGCACAUCACUAUUUUACCGUAAAUACACACCGCACAUCACUCUUUUACUGUAAAUACACACCGCACAUCAUUCUUUUACCGUAAAUACACACCGCACAUCACUAUUUUACUGUAAAUACACACCGCACAUCAUUCUUUUACCGUAAAUACACACCGCACAUCACUCUUUUACCGUAAAUACACACAUCACUCUUUUACCGUAAAUACACACAUCACUAUUUUACCGUAAAUACACACCGCACAUCACUAUUUUACCGUAAAUACACACAUCACUAUUUUACCGUAAAUACACACAUCACUAUUUUACCGUAAAUACACACAUCACUCUUUUACCUAUGCCUCUCACCAUGUGUGACCUGAUCUUCGGCUUUCUGUUUACAAAUCGAUUUACAACCGUUCAAAAAGCGUCAAAUCCAUAUAUAUACUAU